AUGUCUUACCCCUUAACGCCAGACGAGUUGGAGAGUUCAACACUCUACUGGGUACGAGCAGUACAGCAGUUUUCAUUUCACCAAGAGAUAAGAACCUUAUCAACCGACCACUCUUUAUCUAAAUCCAAUUCAUUAACCCGACUUACGCCAUUCAUAGAUUCAGCUGGAUUUCUGCGCGUCGGAGGACGCCUUCAAUCCGCGUCAUUACCUAACAAUACUAAACACCCGCUUAUUUUACCGAAGGACUCUAUCUUGACUACUCUCAUAAUCUCUGAUGCUCACUCCCGUACCCUUCAUGGAGGAACGCAGGUCACAUUGUCCUUCAUCCGCAACAAUUAUUGGAUAAUUGGGGGAAGGGCCCCUGUUCGAUCGUUUAUUCUGAAGUGUAUACGAUGUGCUCGAUUUCGGCAGCGGAGAGCACAGCAAUUAAUGGGUCAACUUCCCAUCGAAAGAGUUACUCCUUCGAGGCCGUUUCUUAACUCAGGAAUUGACUACGCUGGCCCAUUAGUUAUUAAAACUUGGAGAGGCCGAAAUACUCGGACAUAUAAAGCGUACAUUGCCUUAUUUGUUUGCCUUUCCACUUCGGUAAUACAUCUAGAACUGGUAACAGACUACUCCACAGACGCUUUCAUCGCGGCUUAUAAGAGAUUUACAGCCAGGCGUGGCAUAUGCGCCACUUUAACAAGUGAUUGCGGAACUAACUUAAAGGGAGCUGAUUCGGAAUUACAACGUCUCUUUUCCGCAUCAUCAAAAGAAUUCAAGCAACUAGCUGCCAUAUUUGCUAACGACGGCACACAUUGGAAAUUUAUUCCACCUGCGGCUCCCCACUUUGGAGGAAAGUGGGAAGCUGGAGUCAAGUUAGUAAAACAUCACCUGAAACGAGUAAUAGGCGAUACAAUGCUCACAUAUGAAGAAAUGUCGACUCUAUUAGCACAAGUGGAGGCUGUACUCAACUCAAGACCUUUAUGUCCACUGUCUGACGAUCCCAGUGAUCUAUCAGCUCUGACACCAGGGCAUUUUUUAAUUGGAAGCGCCCUUGCUCUCAUUCCUGAGCCUUCACUAAAGCAAACUAAAUUGUCAUAUCUUUCGAGAUGGCAAAUGAUUUCCCAAAUGUUACAGAGUUUCUGGUCACGAUGGUCGACCGAAUAUUUACAGCGACUCCAUGCAAUGUAUAAGUGGAACCGAGUUGUGCCUUCACUAGACGAAGGUUCAUUAGUUUUAGUCAUUGACGAGCGAUACCCUCCAUCAAAAUGGCCUCUUGCUAGAGUCAUUAAAACUCACACAGGCAUGGUCAUACCAGAGUUGUUACCGUACGCACGAGUGUUUCAGAGCUCAAAAGACCGAUUACAAAGCUCUGUCCACUCCCUAGUGUAA